UACACAUCCGGUUUUCAGCUGAUUAUCUUGUUUUCCAAAGAUUUACAAUAACAAUGUCUUCUAAACGCCAAGAACAGGCAAAAAUUAUUGAAAAACUAAGCAAGAAAAAGGAUAAGGAGCACGGAAUGUGUCACUUUCGUAAAAAUGAAAUAGAAAAGCUUCUGUCCAUGUUCAAUAAAUACGUAGAGAACACUACGAACAAGAAGAAGCUGGAUCGGUUGAAGUUCAGAGAUAUUCUCCAUGACAUGUUUGGGAUGACUGAUGACAUGUUGAUGGAUAGAAUGUUCAGAGCAUUUGAUCGUGAUAGUGACAACUAUAUAAAUCAUGAUGAGUGGGUGCUUGGACUCUCUGUGUUCUUGAAAGGAGUACUUGAGGAAAAAACAAGAUAUUGUUUCUCUGUAUACGACCUUAACCAGGAUGGCUACAUUUCUAGGGAGGAAAUUUUCCAGCUUCUUAAACAGAGUCUGAUUAAGCAACCAUCAGAGGAGGACCCAGAUGAGGGGAUCAAGGACCUGGUAGAGCUGGUGCUCAAGAAAAUGGACAAGGACCAUGAUGGGAGGUUAUCGUACGCCGACUUUGAGGUUUCUGUCAAGGAGGAACCAUUGUUGCUUGAAGCGUUCGGCAUGUGCAUACCAAAACCUGAGAAAUGCCAAACCUUCCUUAACCUGAUCAGUGAUGAAUAUGGCAUGAAAUACUGACUCCGACAACUUGGUGGAGAAAACAUACUUAAAACAUACUUAAUUCUUUACUCUUAACAUAAAUAGGACACUCUCUUUCACAUGGAUUGGAAAUCAUAUAAUUAUAUGAUUAUUUUUUUUCUUUAUUUAGUAAAUUUAUAAUCUUUUCUUUUUCAUUUCUGGUCGAAUCAUGUCUGCGAUUUUUACAAAAUUGUUUUUAUUUUUUAGUAUUUUAUUUUUUGAUUUUUGAUUUAUUUUAUAUAAGAUUGUACAACAACUCAUGUUGAGCUUCAUAAUUUCGGCAUACAGGGCUUUGUUUAUGGCAACUAUUGCCAAAUUUAAUAUUCAUCAUAUCCGUGAGAGUUAUAACACUCCAUGAACAUACCGUAACUGCCAAUGAAUGUAUGCUUAACCACAGGUGACAGUAUCAGUCGUAGAAGGUGAAAAAAGUGUUGAUAUUUAUAUAUUAAACCAUAGACACAAAUUUACCACCUCUGACUAAUACUUUCACCUGUGUGAAACCUUUUCAUGUGCUUUACAGGUCUAUUUGUUAUUUUGGUCUUUACUAUAUAGAUUAUUAGGUGUACACACUUGUGCAUUUAUCAGUAAAAAUUAUUACUAUUUAGCAGACAAUUUUUUAUAUAUAUUCAUGGCUGAUUGUUCUGAUCAUUGACAAAUGUACCGACAUUGUUAACUAACAAAUGUAACUCUGGAAGUUUCAUUGACACGCUGGUGAUCUGCAGUACUUCUUACAGCUGUUAUUAUAAUCAAUUGUCUCAGCCUUGCUUGUUUCUCUUUUAAAUAUCAGCACAAAUAAUUUUGUCAAAAAAGUUGACAAUGGUACUGUUUAAAACUUGAACAGAGUUCUGAACAAUUAGUCCAUUGAUGUAUGUAAAGUAAUAAUUUACAAUGUUGCUCAUUAUUCAAAGCUAUGACAAAUCUUCCACAGUUUUACUAGCAAUACUAUUGUGAGUUACCUAUAUAUGUACUAGUAUUAUUCGUAUAUCAGAAGUAAAGUGUGACAGUCUUUCCAUGAUGUAUACUUCAAAAUGUUUAUUUAAGCCAAAAGUAAAUGUAAACUACUGAAAAGUUAAAUUAAUUUGUACCAUAUUUAGGAGUAUUUUUUAUUUUUAUGAAUUACUAUUUGUAUUAAAGAAUGCUACCAGUGGUUGAAACCAGCUACAGUGCAUAAAAUAGCAUGCAAAUAAAUUACAAUGAUUUAUUAAUAUAUGCAUGCUAAUCAUUGCAUGGUUAGCUAGACGUUAUGGUACAAAACAGCUACUACACCCAUUCUCAUUAUUGAAAUAUUACACAGCUCACUCUUUGCGCUCAUGUAAUAUUUCAAUAAAGUAGUGGGUGCAACCAUAAAAUAUCCUUGAACUUAUUCAUGAGUUGAAAAUAUACCUCAAUUUCAAUAUUAACAAGUGCUUUUAUAUAUGCAUUUACCAUAACACUGAUGAAUAUGUGCACUCCGAUUCAAAGUGUUCCUGUAACCUCCCAUUAAGUAGUUGGCAUUUGCCUAUAAGAUAAAAGCGAGGUGUAAAAUGUAUUUAUUAAUUUCAUUAUUUACACCCGUUUAAAGCUUUGUAGAAGUUCACAUUUAGAAAUGCUAGUCAUUAUUUAACUGAACUUAACAUAAUAUAUAUAUUAUAUGUGAUUGCUAUAAAUAACAAGCCAACGUUCUAUGUUAAUUGUUUUGUUUCAAUAAGUAUUAUCGCUUACCUUUAAAAUGAAGUACUUGUAAUGUAAAGGUAAGGUGAGGUGCUAUCUAACAUGUAUAUCUGUUUGGUUAAUGUGAUUUAGCAAAAUGCCCUGCUUGAAAAGACCAUACAAACAUCAACACUAAAAACUAUACAGAUUGUGGCCAACACUUUAUGUCUUUCACUGAGCAAUGAUUUCAUUGGUUAAUACAGCAACAUUUAAUGGACAAAAAGAAUCGAGGUGGAAUUCAUGGCAUUAUGCAUUCAUUAUGGUUCAUUUCCGUGUAGUGUGGCUUUCAGUUUCGACAUGCUAAACAUUUUAGUACAAUUAGUUCAAUUUUUACAAGGAAAAAUAGGAAUGACAUGACAUAACAUAAUAUCUGCAAUAAAUCAUAUCUGUUUUCAUUUUAUCAGAUAUUUUGAAUGUGAAUGAGAUAUCAUUUACACUUUGAAGGUAAAUAUCUCUAAAUAGUUAUUAUAUCACUUAAUACAUCCUGUUUUGUACCAUGUCACAACGCUAUUGAAUUUCAAAAUGCAGUUAUAUGCAGUUAAGAUAUAAAUUAUGCAGGGUGGAAGAGGGAUGUGCUUUCACAUCAUCUCAAACAUUUUGUUUAAAAGCGAAACUAUAUCGCAAUUUAUAAACCCUUAACAUUUAAACAUGCUGCAUUAUGAUAUGAACCAGUCCAAUAGAAUACAUGAUGAUAUGAACCAGUCCAAUAGAAUACAUGAUGAUAUGAACCAGUCCAAUAGAACACAUGAUGAUAUGAACCAGUCAAAUAAAACACAUGAUGAUAUGAACCAGUUCAAUAGAACACUUGAUGAUAUGAACCAGUCAAAUAGAACACAUGAUGAUAUGAACCAGUCCAAUUAAACAAUCUUGCGAAAUAAAGUAAACUGUGAUAGAAUGUGCUUAUAGAUAGCAUAUUCAGCUUCCAUUCUGUUUAUGAUAGAACAUAAAUGCAUCUGAUAGAAAAUUUGAGUGCAUAAUUGUGAUCAUGUAAUGUGUGCUGAUAAAAGUGAUCAGUCAGCCGUAUAAUGAACAUUUACAUGCAACAAAGCUCAACAUGUCUUUACAACAUCCACCUAUUUCAGCAAAAACAAAUUGUUUACCUCAGUAUUUUAGAGCAUUACAUCUUUCCUUUUUAAGGAUUAUAUUUCAACAAUAGAAUGCAUUUUCAUGGUGUCUUAUAACUGGCAGCAGUGUCCCAAUGCACAUAUAUUUUGUUGAACAGCUGUUGUUAUUAAUUACAAAUUACCUACAGUUAUUGGUGGAUAUAUAUACAUGCAUACCAGUUGAUCAUUUCUCUUUCUGAUUGUAUUCUGAAAUAUGGAUUGAAAUACAGCUGAUAUCAAAUACAAAUUGUUUACCAUUUGUAUUUUUGACCAUGUGAUUGUGUGUUGUUAGAUGUUUCAAAUUUAUUUUGUUUAUUUUAACAAUAAAUUUACUUGUUUGUCAAUAAAGGUUUAGUUGA